UAUCACAUCCGUUCCCAACACUCACUACUUGCUCAAAUAUUGACGACGAUAUAUUUGCUUCAGUAACGAAUUCUUUGUCCAGUGUUUGCUUCUUUAUUCUGUCGUAAAAAUGUCUAAGGCCAAAGGUAAGAAGCCCCAGAGAUCUGGAUCCAACGUGUUCGCUAACUUCGAUCAGCAACAGAUCCAGGAAUUCAAGGAAGCUUUCACAAUCAUCGAUCAAGAUCGUGAUGGAUUUAUCAGCGAAAAGGAUUUGAAAGACAUGUGGGCUUCUCUUGGUGUGAUAAAGAGCGAUGAUAACUACUUUGCUGAAAUGAUGAAAGAAGCAACUGGACCACUGAACUUCACCACGUUUUUAACAUUUAUGGGUGUCAAGUUGCAAAACACCGACUCCGAUGAUACCUUGGUCAGCGCCUUUUUAACAAUCGAUACUGAGGCCACCGGCAUUAUCUCGAAGCCACAAUUUACCAACGCUCUUACCCAGCUUGGAGACAGAUUCACGAAAGAGGAGAUCAAACAGAUGUACGAGGUCGCCCCAAUGAAGGGAGAUGCUGUGGACUGGAAGCGAUUCAUCAAGCUCAUCAAAUACGGUGGAGAUUUCGAGGAGGAGGCAUAAGCCCAAAACGGACUAGAUCUGGAAUAUAUAACGAAAUUAGUUUUGUUUGGGUCCCAAGGACUGAUCAUCCGACAUCUCGAUCUUAGUUUAUUACUAGCUAAUUAAUUAAUUAGUAAACCAACCAAGAGUUUAUGGUUGGCGUGUGCACAUGUAAUAUAUGGGUCUGAGCUGUUUAACCCGGGCCCGGGCCGCAAUGGGAGCUAGAGUUUUAUGUUGUUGUGGUACCAUAGCGAUUUUCUGACAAUUUUUGUUUUAAUGUUUUAUUCGUGGAGCUAUAAUAUACUUUAUAAUGGAUGUUAUAAAUCUCUGUACAUAUUAUAAAAAGUUUAACAAAAUUUACUGUGGAGAAACGAA